GCGGUGUUGCCUCCCCGUCGCUGCAGUGCUUUGCUGCUCUCCCGUCUCUCUCCAUCUCUCUAUCUUGCUUUCUUUCGCUCUCGCUUUCGUACCCAGCGCCUCGCCUCUUCCUCCUCCCGCCUACCUCCACAUCCCGCCUCCUCCUCCUCCCUGCGGAUGCCUCAGACUUGCACCCCCGUCCCAUGAUCCCGGCAAAUGGUCGCCAUCCCCGGCAACUCUGGACGCAGCGAAAAGGCGCACCGCUCCGUCGCGAUCUGAUCUGUGCACACUGCGGUUUGACUUGAGAGAGAGAGAGAGGCGGACCAGGGGCAGAAGGGAAACGAGGGGAAGCCGGACGCUGACAGUGGCCAGGAUCACACUUCGCAAUGCCGGUGCCAGAGCAGCCUUCAGAGCAGGAGAAGGGGGCCAUGGUUGCCCCUGUGAUGCCAGCAUCCAAUGGAGACAGAUCUGAGACAGAGACGACAUCCUCCAUCCUCGCCUCUGUCAAAGAGCAGGAGCUUCAGUUUGAACGCCUGACCAGGGAACUUGAGGCUGAGCGUCAGAUUGUCGCCACCCAGCUGGAGAGAUGCAAGCUGGGAUCAGAGGCAGGCAGCAUGAGCAGCAUCAGUUCAGUAGAUGAGCAGUUUCGCUGGAACGCUCAAGCAGGCGAUGGACAAAAGGAUAUCGAGGACGAGUUGACCACUGGUUUGGAGUUGGUAGAUUCCUGCAUUCGCUCCCUCCAGGAAUCAGGAAUACUCGACAGUGGAGAACGACCGGCUCUUCUUUCCCAGAGUUCCUUGCAGCUCAACUCCACCCCGGAGGCUUCGCUCCAGUACUCUGCCAGCUACCAUAGCAACCAGACCCUCGCCCGUAGCGACAGCAUCUCCGCAGCAACUCCUCAGCGCAGCGGGCAGGUUGGAGGAGCCGUGCACAGCUACAACCAGGUGACAUCUAGCCGUGCCGCCCAGCAGCAACAAUCACAAACUGGGGCAGGGUCAGGUAUCUACUACUCCAGCUCCACCUUACCCGCCCAGCGUGUUGGUUCCCCUCUGUCUGGAGGAGGAGGAGGCACAGGAGCUGGUUCCCCAGGUAAACUCCAACGGCUGGGAUCAGCCUCCGAUGCUCCGGGGUACUCUACCACUCAGCGCCUGCCUUCCUCCUCCUCUCCCAGCAAGCACUCUCCUGCUAAUCGACUGGCCAAGUCAUACAGCACCACAGCUGCUGUGACAACUGCAGGAGGAGGCGGGUCUCCCCUGAGGGUCGCAUCUCCACCCAACUCUACAGCAGCAGGGGGAGGGGCCGGCUCAUCAUCGUCCCCUCUUCACCAGAUGAGUUCGGGCAUAGGGAGCUAUGCCACUCUGUCUCCCAAACGACUGGCAGCUCACCACGCUUCUGACCAGUACAAGAUCUCCCACGAGCUCUACGCUACGGCUACACUGCAGAGGCCUGGCAGUCUGGCAGGCUCUCGUGGCUCCUACAGUAGUCAGCAUAGUCAGGAGCCCCUUCGGCCCUUGGGGUCCCCAGAGCACCACAUUGAUCCCAUCUAUGAAGAACGUGUCUACCACAACAAGGGCCCCAUGAGGAGUCUUAGCCAGAGCCAGGGGCCGGACACAGGCCCCUAUCGCAACAACACCGACCUUUCCCAGCGUGUCCAUGACCAGGUCCUAAGUUAUGUCCUCUGUCCCUACUUUCCCACCAUAGCUCCCUCCUCCCCCGGUGUCGACUCCACCUCUUUGCAGCGCACAGGAAGUCACGGCACAGGGACAGGGAACUACGGCCGUGGCGGGACCAACAACUACGCCACAGUGGGACCAGGCUACACCUCAAGCGGAGGUGGCGGAGAUGUGUAUGGCUCAGACCCCUAUGUGGCGGACCCCUAUCGCACCCUGCAGUACUGCCCCUCAGUGGUGGAAUCGCCCUACAGCAAGUCCGGACCAGCCCUGCCGCCUGAAGGCAGCCUGCAGCGCUCACCUUCCAUCGACUCUAUUCAGAAAGACCCCAGAGAGUUCGGGUGGAGAGAUCCGGAGCUGCCAGAGGUUAUCCAGAUGUUACAGCACCAGUUCCCAUCGGUGCAAUCCAAUGCCGCAGCCUACCUACAGCAUCUCUGCUUCGGAGACAACAAGAUCAAAGCUGAGAUCCGCAGACAGGGAGGCAUCCAGCUGCUGGUCGACCUACUGGACCACAGGAUGAGUGAGGUUCACCGUAGCGCCUGCGGAGCCCUGAGGAACCUGGUGUACGGCAAGGCCAACGAUGAGAACAAAGUGGCCCUGAAGAACUGCGGCGGGAUUCCUGCCUUGGUCCGCCUGCUGAGGAAAACUGGAGAUGUGGAGAUCAGAGAGCUGGUCACAGGUGUGCUCUGGAACCUGUCGUCAUGUGAUGCUCUGAAGAUGCCGAUCAUCCAGGACGCCCUGGCCGUUCUCACCAACAGCGUCAUCAUACCCCACUCCAACUGGGACUCCUCCCCCAAUCACCAUGAUGACCGCAAGCUCCAUCUUCAUACCUCACAGGUGCUGCGCAACGCUACAGGGUGUCUCAGGAAUGUAAGCUCUGCCGGUGAGGAGGCGAGACGAAGGAUGAGGGAGUGUGACGGCCUGACAGAUGCUCUGCUCUACGUCAUCCAGACCUCUCUGGGCAGCAGCGAGAUCGACAGCAAGACUGUAGAGAACUGUGUUUGCAUCCUGAGAAACCUGUCGUACCGUUUGGCUGCCGAGACGUCCAAGGGCCAGCAAGGGGGUUUAGAGGAGCUGGACGGCCUGCUUUGUGACGCCAACGGCCGCGACGGAGAGAGCUCUGGCUGCUGGGGCAAGAAGAAGAAGAAAAAGAAGGGGGCCGAUCAGUGGGAUGGCGUGGGCCCCUUUCCGGACACAGCGGAGCCUCCCAAAGGGGUUCAGAUGCUGUGGCACCCCACCAUCGUCAAACCCUACCUCACCCUGCUGUCUGAAUGCUCCAACCCCGACACCCUGGAGGGAGCAGCCGGGGCUCUGCAGAACCUGGCCGCAGGCAGCUGGAAGUGGUCGGUGUACAUCCGGGCGGCUGUACGCAAGGAGAAAGGCCUUCCCAUCCUGGUGGAGUUACUGAGGAUAGACAACGACAAGGUGGUGUGUGCCGUGGCCACCGCUCUCAGAAAUAUGGCCCUGGACAUCAGGAACAAGGAGCUCAUUGGUAAAUAUGCCAUGAGAGAUUUGAUCCAUCGGUUACCAGGCUGCAGCAGCAGCAGCAGCAACAAUAACGCCACCAGCAGUGGGACCUCCGGGACCACAGGCCCUCCCAGCAAGGCCAUGUCAGACGAUACGGUUACUGCCAUCUGCUGCGCACUGCACGAAGUCAUUACCAAGAACAUGGAGAACGCCAAAGCCCUGCGUGAUGCUGGUGGCAUCGAAAAACUCAUCGGCAUUGCCCGCAGCAAAGGAGACAAACACUCAGCAAAGGUGGUAAAGGCAGCCUCUCAGGUCCUCAGCAGUAUGUGGCAGUACAGAGACCUGCGCUCCCUCUACAAGAAGGAUGGUUACUCCCAGUAUCACUUUGUGGGCUCUGCCUCAACGAUAGAGAGAGACCGACAGAGGCCCUACUCCUCCUCACGAACUCCCUCCGUUUCCCCUGUUCGGACGUCCCCAAAUAACCGCUCUGCGAGCGCUCCAGCCUCCCCCAGAGAGAUGAUGAGUCUGAAGGAACGCAAGAUGGACUAUGAUUCCACGGCAACCAACGCUGGUUUCCAUAGCAACAAAGGAGAGCACACAUCCCGGAAAGACGGCAUGGCAGUUCAAGUAUCCUGUGGAACAUCUACAUUGUUCCGAAACUCUUACCUGACCGCCAGUGAUGACAUCAAGCAAAACCAGGCUCCGGCCCAGCCCUGCGUCAUGCCCCCCCAGCCCCAGCAGGACAGCCCGUCAGCAGCCGUGUUAAAGGACUACGACCCCUACCCUCCCCCUCCUUCCUUCCCCCAGCCUCAGCCGCCGCAGCCUCCACCUCACAGCCAGAGUCGGAGCUUCAGUGAGGUCUACUUCGAGGACCAGGGACCUCCACCACCUCCAUCCCAGCCACAGCCUCAGGUCCAGGCGCAGGCCCAGCCUCAGGCCCAACCCCAGCAGCCUCCAAGCUCCACCGGACCGCCCCGAGACCCGAGGGAGGACCUGCGCAUGCAUCUGGGCCUCAAAUCCACCGGCAACUACGUAGACUUCUACUCGGCCUCUCGGCCGUACAGUGAACUGAACUAUGAGACCAGCCACUACCCGGCCUCGCCUGACUCCUGGGUUUAGUUAGACUAUGAUGAUGGGGGGGGGGGGCAGAGAGAGUCUGUGUGUGCGUGUGUGAAAGGGAUCAUUUUGCAAGCGAUCAACAGCAGAUUUAACACAAGAUGACAAUAAGUGUCAUGUUGAAAUCUUAUAGACAGUGGCAGGAAAUGUGUGUUCUCUAAAUUAAUGGGGAAGGCAGAGCUAGAUUGGGUUAAGAAAUCAAGUCAGGUCGAGUGACAAAGAGACACUGUGCAUGUGCAUGCAGACAUUUUCUGGGCUUUUUUUUUUUUUUUUUUUUUCAGACAGCUUUAUUUCUCCAGCUCCAUUGCACCCUUGAGUGGAUACGGGGGGAGUAGAUAUGAAGAAGUGUGUUUAAAAGGGUGAGAGAGAAGUGGGCAGGAGAAUAUAGGAAGAUAGAAAAUGACCAAGUGGAGAGAGUAUGCAGAGACCUAGAGAAGAGGAGAGAGAUGGGAUCACGAAAUAAUGGGGAGCGGAUGAGGGUGAGCUCUUACUCUGUAAGAGCAGGAAGUGGCCUGACCUUUUGUUAAAGGCAGAGAGGAGAGACAAAGAUGGCAUGAGGCUUUCUUGAGGAGGUCAGGAGGAAUAAAAGCACAGAAAAAAAUGAUAUCACAUCAGGCACAAGACAAGGAGUGGAUGUGUGACAAACGUAGCACUGCUUUAUCCCUAUCCCCCCCUCUUCCUGUUUUUUUGUUGCAAUGGCCUUGCCACCUACGUAGGCUUCUGAAUUUGUUUUCAAGGAAUGUCAUCUUCAAUAGACUUCUUUUUUUGUCAUCAUUCUUUCACAGCUUUUUUUAUUUGUACUUUUCUAAAUUUUCACUUUCACAAAAGCAUUUUUAUUUUGUGUACAGUUCAAAAGUGAUAAAGUGUGUAUAUUACACAUGUUUUUGAUGGGGCCACUUGUGAAAAUGUCAAUUUGUUUUUUCCAUGACUGACUACUGACUGAAACAACAAAAGCAACAAAAAUACGUGAAAAAAAACACAAGAAGCAGAAAAGACAGACAUGGCCAUGAUGGAUGUCAGUGGACACCUUUCUUUUGCCCUUUUCCAAGCCGGAGAGGAAACCCUGCAGUGUUUGUGUUUUUUCUCCCUCCAUUAAAUAAAUUUCAUCGUGGACAUGCUCAAACGGCAGGAGCAGCAGUUCAAGGCUGCCAGAGCAUCAGAUUGGCAGAGCAGUAUCGCUCCCGAGUCCCUGUCAACAAAAGUGCUUUUUCACUGCCGAAUGAAAACAUGUGUAUGUUUAAAGCACACUCUCUGUCUCUGGGAAAGGGUUGUCUUUUCCUUUUAGGGAGCUCAUAUGUUUGACCGUGUCAACUUUCCGUGGUUUCUCAUAAUCACUUGUGCAUAAAAACUGGUCCGUCUGACAAGAGCCACCGUGUCUAUUGUACAGUAGAGAUAGAGGGAGAGAGAGACAUGACAUGGUGCCAAACUUUGACACCCCAUGGACCAGUCCUAAAGGACUUUAAAGGGACAUUCUGUCGAGGUUUACAGACGAUGGAUGGGUGACUCCCUCUGCUGUUCGUAACUUUUAUUUUCUUGUGUUUUGAUCAGGUAAAGCCGUACUUAUUGCUGGGGAUCGUGGGUAACAUCUUCCUCCCAUAGAUGUACAGACCUGCCUCUCUGUGUUGGCUGAGCAUGUGUGGGUGUGCGUGUGUUGGGACACGUGUGUGCGUGCGUUUGUGUACGUGUGCAUGUAUGUGACCGAAUGUGUGGCCCGUGUGCGUACACGUAAAACUUGAGCGAGCGGUAUCUAUGCAUGCAUGUGUGUAGUAGUGUGUGCGUGUGCCUCUGUUGCGUGUAUGUGCGUGUGCGUUCCUGUGUAAAUCAAUGUCCAAACAAGGCAUUCCUACCGACAGUUUGUCCAGUUUUACAUCAAAAGGUAAAAAUCACUAGAAUGAAUUGUUGAUAUAGAAUGACAAAUCUAUGAAUAUAUGAAUAUAAAUAUAAAUAUAUAUAUAUAAUUUUUAUGUGCAGAUGUCAGUGUCACUAAAUGCAACAAAUGUUCGCAGAUAAAAAAUGAUUAUGUGGUGUACAACAGGACUCUUGUUCACUUGACCUAAAGAUGGAAGCUGCUGAUCGGGCCCCACUCUCCCCCCCCCCCCCUCCAAUCGAGACAAAAGAGAAAUCCCACCUGAAGAUGCUCAGGCUCUGGUGCGAGUUGUGUGUUUAUUGUGUGUCCAUGCUUCUUAGAUGACCCUGCUGAGAGAGGACCGUACCGUACUUGAACACGAGGAAAAAUAAAAAGAGACUCUUUGCAAUCAAA